AUGUCUCUCUCAUUCAAAGAGUUCCUCAACGAUCAAUUCGCUAAACUAGAGAUAACUCCAGUUAACUUGAAUGGAAAAACUAUCGUGGUGACAGGCAGUAAUGUCGGCUAUGGUACAGUCCGCCAUCUCGUUGAAAUGGGUCCUUCCCGAAUCAUUCUGGCCUGCAGGAACAUGUCCAAGGCGGAAGAAGCUAUUCGUAGCAUUAAGGCGAGCACAAAUACCAAUGACGUUAUCAUCGAGGCUCAAGAACUGAACUUGGCAUCCUUCGCAUCCUGUCGAGCAUUUGCUAAGCGGUAUCAAGAGAGUGGUCUUCCUCUGCACAUUUUGAUCAACAAUGCCGGCAUUGGAUGGCUCAGCAAAUUCACCUUGAGCGAGGAUGGCCACGAGGCAGUGUUUGCCACCAACCACCUAGGAACGGUACUCUUGACGCUUCUUCUUUUGCCUAUCAUUCGUACGACGGCCUCCCAGAAUGCCUCCACAUAUCCCCGCAUCGUGAUUGUCGCUUCUGAGGUUCACCACUGGACCCAGUUCCCAGAGAGGGAUACACCAAGCAUUGUCAAGACGAUGGACGACGCCACAAACACCGCAUCUCUCAAGAAUCGCUAUCACGUUUCCAAGCUGAUGAACGUGCUCUUUGCACGAAGCCUUGCUCGCCAUCUCCAUGAAUCCAGUCACCCAGAAGAUCGUAAGAUCUCCGUUAGCGUUAUCAACCCGGGCUUGGUUUCUUCAGAGUUCGCCAGUAAAAGUGAUCAGUCGCUGCUUCAAAGGAUUAGGUCCACCGUCGUGUUUGGCAUUAUGGGAGCCGUUGUAGCGAGGAACAUCACGGAAGGUUCAAAGACGACAGUUUAUGCCGCGGUGGCACCAGAGUGCGGAAUCGAGAAUGGAGCACAAAAUGGCCAGUACUAUUCCUCGUGUUGCCCGGCCAAGGUCAACCCAAUCGUGGAGGGGGAGGAUGGAGAUAUACUUGCAGAGAGAUUGUGGAAGGAAACCAUCGAAACCAUUGAGAUCAGAAAGCACGAGUUUGACAUAUAG